CGACCGCAGAACUGCAGCUGCACGUAGAGCUCGAAUCACCGUCGGAGGAGGAAGUUUGUGGUCGAAAAUAGCUAUUUAUUUACCAAAUUUCGAAACUACCUGUGAUAAAUCGCUAGUAACAGUUGUGGGAACACUCUGUACCCUCGAUCUGAUUCACUUGAACAGUCCAUGCAAAAACUUAAACAUGAAAACCGAGGUUUCUACUGCGGCAAACUUUGUUACGCGUCUGUUGAGAGGAACAAGGCUGCUUUCAGAAGAACAGCUGGAACAAUUCAGAUUCUCAUUGGAAGAGUCUUUGGGUGAGCAUUAUGAGCACCACUGGUUCCCAAAUGCACCCUGCAGAGGUUCUGGUUACAGGUGCAUCCGGAUCAACCACAAGAUGGACCCUUUGAUAGGCAGAGCCGCCUCCACGAUCGGACUCACAAAGGAAAGGCUCUUUUCCCUGCUGCCGAGCGAGCUCACCAUGUGGGUCGACCCGUUCGAAGUGUCCUAUCGUAUCGGAGAAGACGGGUCCAUAUGCGUGCUCUACGAGUCCGUGCCUCCAUCGGACAAGAAUAAGACCCCAGCAGACCGCUGCAAAGAUGAACUGAGAAUUGUACGGAGUCCAUCCAAAUCUUUUGGCAUGAUGACUUGUUCUAGCUGAAAAGCUAUUCUGUCUUAAGUAGACGCUCAUGAGCACGGUCAAUAAAAUUGUUGCACAUGAGAAAAUUUCUACUUUUAAGCUUUUUUCAGGCAGAAAUUUUAAAAAAUCAAUGGUGAAAUCUUCAUUUUAAUGACCUCGUUGUGAAAGAUGUAUUUUGAUUAAAUGUUUUAAGCUCCCUGUACAGUCAUGUUGAAUAUGUGUUUUUUAAAAUUUCUAUUAAAAGUUUUUUUUAUGAAUUUCUAAA